CUAACCUUUGAAAGUGACAUGUUUAAUGUUUCAUUUUUCAUUCAUUCCUUCUCUUCGAAUUCAAAGAAAAUAGUAGGUUUACAGCUGCUUAAGAGUCUUUUUGUUUCUUUCCCUUUUUUCUUCACUUCAUUCUCUCUUCAUAUAGCAAUGAAAACCAGAAAGCUUUUUCCGGCUGUGACUGAAACAAAUGAAACCAUAGAAUGCCCCGAUUUUUGUGACCCUGCCUGCCCUUACAACUGCUACCCUUACCCCGACUACUAUUACCUACCGCCGCCGCCGCCGCCGCCGCCUCCUCCCUUCUCGGUCCAAAACCAUUACAUCUCUCCUUAUGUGAUCAUCUUGGUUUCCGUACUCGCCAGUUUGAUCCUUCUUGUUGGCUACUACGUGGUUGUAGUGAAGUCGUGUUUUGGUUGGUGCUGUUCGAGGAAUAACAGGCAAUCACAAACUCUAACCGAUGCUUCAGACGAAGAGUUCCUCGAUGAGAACCGAAUUGAUCAUCCUAUUUGGUUCAUCACCACCGUUGGUUUGCAACAAUCCAUCAUAAAUUCCAUCACUGUUUGUAAGUAUAAAAAGGGUGAUGGAUUGAUUGAAGGGACGGAAUGUUCGGUGUGUUUGAAUGAGUUCCAAGAAGAUGAGACGGUGAGGUUGUUGCCUAAAUGCAACCACGCUUUCCAUAUUUCGUGUAUCGACACUUGGCUGAGGGCUCACACUAAUUGUCCCUUGUGCCGAGCACAUAUCGUCUUUGAUGCUCUUUGUAGCACUCCAACUUCAGCGGAUCAAAACCCCGAUAACAUGGAUGCAAUCAUCGAUAAUAAUCAGACAGAAACUUCUGAGAUUGGAGGUAUGAAUUCUGAUGAAAACAGGGCUGAAAGAGAAUUGGCAGAGGCUAAUGACCAAAGGGUUUUGAAGGAAGGCGAUGAAAACGGCGUUUUGUUAGAAAGUGAUUGCAUGGAAAGAAGCAGUGUUGUGGCUAAAGAGAUGACACAAAUCAAAAGGUGCGUUUCCAUGGAUUCUUCUUCUUCUUCAUCAGCUGCAAGUUUGUUUCUGGGCGUUCAAGAGGAUGUGGAAAACCCAGAUUCAAGCAUCGUUGAAACACAAAACGAGGUUAGGGUAAUGGGGAAUUCAUCCAUAUCUCAGCAUCUUCAUUUAAGCCCAGUUACAAUGAAAAGAUCGUUCUCAUGUGGUGGAAGGUUUUUCUCUUCAUCCAAACGUUACCGAAGCAUGAAUUCUUCAAUUCUUCCCCUGUAAAGUAAAGUUCUUUCCCUCUUUUAGAUUAUAGUUUUGGUUUACAGUGUGCGGUAUUUGUUAAAAACAGAGAAAUUGUAUGCACGAUAGUUGAUGAAGCCCCACGACGUAAGAGAGGAACAAGAAUAAAUUCCAUGUAUUUUGCUUUGCCUUGGGCUCAAAUCCAGAAGUAUAUAUAACUUGAUUGAAGCUUCACGUUUAAUAUCAA